AUGCAUCCUGCAAGUUACCUCCAGGUAGCCGCUCUCCUAAGCGCCGGGGUACUCGCCGCCCCCAAAGCAGCAGUCGAGCCGCAACAGAAUUGGGGUCUGCACCCUCGCGGAGGGAUAUACUUCACCAACACCGUCCAUGUGACGCGGUCCAGCGGUGGCAACGCGACGACGCCCAGACCGACCGGUGGUCAUCAGCACGCGCACAACCAGACCACCAACGGCACUAGCGCCGGCAGCACAUCCGUCUUGCCUAUCCUGACUUCAUUGUCGUCGUCGUCAACGGGUUGCCCCCUCAGCCUCGUGACCGAGACCACAACCGUCGACGUCAUCACGACUCUGUACCUACCCCUGAAUGACACCACGACCACCAGCUGCGACUACUGCAUCGCAACCACGGCGACGUCGGCGUGGCACAAUAGCACCUCGGCGGCUGCGAACCCGACUGUCGGCACCACAGGGAUGCCGCACUCGUACAACAUUAGCCGGGGCCACUGGGUUGCGACCGAGACCGAUUGCGACGAUUCUGUUGCAACAAGUGUGACCAGUCUCAGCUCCGACUCAACCGAGCUGCCAAACACCGACGUGCCAGUGCUGACGACUAGUGAGUUUGGCGAUGAGAUGACCACGUUGACGCCCAGUUCGGAGGGCACUGCUCCUCCCACCACAACCGUCUCGCUUGAGGAAGUCACGGAUGCAUACACAACUAGCCUGACAACGACGACCUCGCCCACAUCUACCGUCAGCCUGGAUCCCGCGCUUUCAUCGACCGUGGGCACGACUGUACCCGACACGGACGACUCUGACGACGUGACGACGGCGACGGCGACGAAGACGGCCGACUCGGGCAGCGCCACCGCCGCCACGACCACAUGCGUGAUCGACACCACCGUCAUGCCCAUUACCACGGCGUCAAUCGCUCAGACGCUGGCGACGACCUUGAACCCAACCAGGACCUUGUGCGCCACCGACGCCCCGGCCGGUGAGACGCCCAGACCGCGCAAUGUCUACUGCGGCGUGCACGGCCUCGACGUGGGCAACUACUUCCUGGCGCAGUACGUCAACAACAAGGCCAACGAGCCCGUGACGCUCGAGGGGUGUUGGCAGUUCUGCAAGGAGCAUAGUGAACGGACCAUCAUCAAGACCACUAACAGGAACGCCCUCAACAAACAAAAGGCAAGCAAAAAGAGCACCGGCGGCUGCCGCUCCUACGACUUCUACCUGGAGCCGGGUCUCGACGUCCCGCGCUGCAACCUGUACGGCAGCUCCGUCGCAUAUGCGCUGCGGACAAUCGACAACCACCAGCCGCACUGGUGGUUCGAUCUCAACUGCGGCAGCCCGACUCAGGAGAGGUGGCAGGCUGGUCACGACCACAGGCAUGACGGCAAACAGCUGUCGGCCCUGGGGCUGGCUGCCGAUCUGAGUAGAUUGGGGCUGUAA